UGAAUGGAUGGAUCUAGUCUAGUAUUUGUAGUAAGAGUUAAACUAGAUUACAAAGGAAAUGGACGUGGACCAGGACAUGAAAGUUACGAUUCGUAUGAGGAAAAUAGCUAGAAAGAAGGUAUUUGCUGAGACUGUGGCAGCCAAGCAAUUGACAAGCAACCCACCAGAAUGGAAAUGCUGCAAUCACUGUUUCAGGAGUGCCAUCGAUAUCCACAAGCACACAUCCCUGGAACAUAGUGAAGAGAUUGACAGCAAAACGAUGGAUGCUCUGAAGAAAGCCAGGACUGCUUGCAGCACCUCUAAAUAUAUUCUUGAAAAUGCAGAGCCAGGAGAGGGACAGAAGAAUAAGCAUCAAGGGUCAAGAGAAACUCCAAACGGUUGUGUCAAUCCAGCAGGUGUUUGUGCAGGUGAAAGCACUAGCAAAAGAAGACACUGUUCCUAUUCUGAGGAUGAUGUGCGACCCUGGUUACCCAUGGUAACCCAGUGUGAUGCUGAGGAUGAGGAAAGCAGAUGUGACAAGAAAAGCAGAACAAAAGAGGGUCAAGUCCUUCUGUUCUACAAAUAUGUUGAUUUGGCAGAUCCGGCCGACAUUUGUGAAUGGCAGAGAGAGUUGUGCAGGAGACUUCAUUUACAUGGAAAGAUCAGGAUAGCUAGAGAAGGCUUGAAUGGUACAGUAGGUGGUGCAUUGAUCAGCACUCAGCAGUACAUGGAAGCAGUGAUGACACACCCAUACUUCACAGACAUGAACAUUGAGGAUUUUAAGACAAGUCAAGGAGGCCAUGACAGUUUUCUUGAUGGUCUUGUUGUCUCAAUUCAUCAGGAAAUUGUUCCUAUGGGUAUGGAUCCUAUGCUGGUCAGCUUCAAAGAUGCAGGUUGUCACCUUACACCAGCCCAGUUCCAUGAAGAAGUUCAGAGGCACAGAAAUGCCAAGGAAAGAGAAGAGAAAACAAAUACAGUCUUCAUUGACUGCAGGAACUUCUAUGAAAGCAGGAUUGGUAUUUUCCCUGAUGCCAUCACACCAGACAUACGUAAAUUCAGCUACUGGCCUGAGUAUGUAGAUAAGAAUGAAGCAGUGUUUGCCGACAAGAAGGUCCUUAUGUACUGCACGGGAGGUAUCAGAUGUGAAAGGGGCUCAGCAUACCUCAGGUCAAAGGGAAUUUGCAAAGAGGUGCUACAGCUAAAGGGGGGUAUCCACAGGUAUCUAGACCAGUACCCAGAUGGCUUCUUUAGAGGCAAGCUGUUUGUCUUUGACAACCGCUAUGCUAUUCAAACAAACCAGGAUGUCAUAGCAGAGUGCUUCCACUGCUCAAAGCCUUGGGAUGAGUACGAGCCAUGCAGCAGUAAGCACUGCCACCAGCUAGUCCUGUCCUGUCCUUCCUGCAGGACCUCUGGCUUGACCACCUGCUGCAGGAGGUGUGCAGAGCUAGCCCUGGACUAUGCCUCCGGGGAGGACGGCAAGACCAAGACCAAGAAAAGGAAGGAGGAGUGCACCUGCACCAAGAACCGAGAGAGGAUCCCUGUGGAGAAAUUGGACAGUAGUUCUGCAUGUAGCGCAAUCAAAGUUGAUGGUGUUAAACCCUGUCGAGGCACUGGAAGUACAAGAGAUGUGCAGAGUUGAUGAUGGAUAGUGAAGCUAGUAGAUAGUAGAUAGUGGAGGUAGAGAAAGUAGUUUUUGAAUCCCAUUUAUGUUAUUUUAUGAAUUGACAAGCCUCAACCUGUCUUUGGAUACUCUUCCUGUGUAGCAUCCAGACGUGGAUUCUUGUCCAGUCCCUUUGUCCACCCUUCAAGGAUAUAUCAUGGAAUCAGUACACAAAUUCUAGAAAAUUAAUGGUACAUGAAAUAACAAAACCCUAUUGCGGUGGAAGGAAUCCCUUGCAGUAGUUCAACUUGUAUUAUGAUCAAUAUUGUCAACUGUAGCUGUUGUGAAAACUUUUGGAAGACGAUUUGGAGGGCAAACCACCCUUUCUGUGUUAUAAUUUUGACAUUAUUGACUUGACUUAACAUAUUUUUGUUUUGUUUAUGUGUUUAAGUAAAUCGUUUAAGUGGCUUUACUCUUUUAAUUUGGUUUUGAAAUUGCAAUUACCCAGAAAUUUUACAAUUUUAUAAUACUUGCCACAUCUUUUAACAUCAUGCUGAUAAAUGCAUUAAUGUAUUAUUGCGUGUUUAACACCAUUUUAUUAUUUGCAGUAUCUGACUGAAAUAUCAUGUAUGAUAUUUGAUAAACAAAGAUAUUAAGAAUAAGAAAUAUAGAAAACAAGUAAUAUCUCCUCUGAUUUUCAAAUUGUAUAUUUGUUGCAGUUUUUUUUA